AUGUCGGAGGACGGGAACAACGGUGUAUUGCACGGGAAGUACGAACUAGGACGUCAAUUAGGGCACGGAACGUUUGCGAAGGUGUACCACGCGCGAAACCUGCAGACUGGGAGGAGCAUGGCGAUGAAAGUUGUCGGGAAGGAGAAGGUGAUAAAGGCCGGCAUGAUGGAUCAAAUUAAGCGAGAGAUUUCGGUGAUGAAGAUGGUACGACAUCCGAACAUCGUCGAGCUUCACGAGGUCAUGGCCAGUAAAUCUAAAAUUUAUUUUGCCAUGGAGCUCGUUAGAGGCGGAGAAUUGUUUUCGAAGAUUGAGAAAGGGAAGCUCCGGGAGGACGUUGCAAGGAGUUAUUUUCAGCAGCUCAUUUCUGCCGUCGAUUUCUGUCACAGUCGUGGCGUAUUCCACCGAGAUCUGAAGCCGGAAAAUCUAUUAUUAGACGAGGAAGGCAAUUUGAAGGUGACGGAUUUCGGGCUUAGUGCUUUUUCCGAUCAUCUUCAUCAGGAUGGACUGUUACAUACAACAUGCGGUACUCCAGCUUACGUCGCACCGGAAGUUAUCGGCAAAAAAGGAUACCACGGCGCCAAAGCUGAUAUCUGGUCUUGUGGAGUUAUCCUCUACGUCCUUCUCGCCGGAUUCUUACCUUUUCAGGAAGAAAACGUCGUCGCGAUGUACCGGAAAAUUUACCGAGGUGAUUUUAGGUGUCCGCCGUGGUUCUCAUCCGACGCACGCCGCCUCAUCACGAAAUUGCUCGAUCCGAAUCCGGAUUGUCGAUGCACAAUCUCCAAAAUCAUGGAUUCGCCAUGGUUCAAAAAGGCAGCUCCGAAAAACCCCAAAUUUAUCUGCGAAGACGACGUCGGAAAUCUGAAAGGCAAGGAAACGGAGACUUUGAAUGCGUUUCACAUAAUUUCGUUAUCGGAAGGUUUUGAUCUGUCUCCAUUAUUCGAGGAGAAGAAAAGAGAGGAGAAACAAGAGAUCAGGUUCGCGACGACGAAGCCGGCGGAGGUGGUGGUGUCGAAGCUUGAAGAGAUGGCUAAGAAGGUGAAAUUCAGCGUGAAGAAGAGCGGAGACGAUAGCAGUUUGAGACUACAGGGCAAUGAGAUAGGAAGAAAAGGGAAGUUAGGAAUAGCGGCAGACAUCUGGGCGGUGGCGCCGUCGUUGUUUGUGGUUGAGGUGAAGAAAUCAAGCGGCGACACCCUGGAGUACAACCAGUUCUGCAGUAAAGAGCUCCGGCCGGCGCUUAAGGACAUCGUCUGGACGUCGUCGACCGAUAAACAAACUCCGGGAUAA